CGUGUGUACAAAGCACGGAAGAGGGAUCCGGACCAAAAAAUCUGUUCAGACAGCAACAGAUUAGGCGCCAGCGAAAUUUAGGACAAGGAGAAACUUGAAAUCCAGGUGUCAACAGAUUGUGCGUGAACUAGGGAAGGUAACAGUGUAGUUUUUCUCUGGCUAAUGUACCUCGAUCCGACGUUGUCUGACCCACUCAUUCACCAUGAGCCCUUCUUCUACUCUCUCAACCCCGUCUGAUUCUUUUGGGUGUUUUUUAAUUGCGUAGAGAGGGAUAUCCUUCAGCUAGCCAUUUCCUUCAUCUUCUUCAGUGAGCAGAGGCUCUCUCUCUCUACUUUACUAGCUUUGGACUUUGUACACAAGGGUUUAUAUAACCAAGUAGUCCUCAUGGGUGGCUGCAUGUCCACUCCACCUAAAAGAGUUAAAACACGCAAGAAGCACCUCGGUCGAUUUGGCAAACGCCAUGUGAAAAUAUCCAGUUUCCAUGAUGAAAACAAGAUAAUAACCAGUGAAACAGGAUGUGUGAAAGAUUUUGCUGCGAGUCAAUUUGUCCAUAAGGAUUUUGAGAAUGGUAAAAUUGCUAGUUUCAGAAGAUCUGGGGCCUCCAAUUCAACAUACCAUCUCAAGCAGGUGCAGUGGCAUCUCAGUCAAGUAGACGGUGAUGGAGUUUGCCAAGAGGAAGUUUGGUUUGAUUCAGUCAGUAUUCUGGAUCUGGAAUCCGAAUCUGAUGAUGAAUUCAGCAGUGUGCUUGGAGACUGUUUUUCAACGGUGGGCCCUGCAGUUGGGGACAUUUCAAGUAGACAGGUGCUUCAAUAUGAAAGUUCUUCAUGUUUAGUGGAUGGCUGGGGUAAAUGUCAAGAACACCACAAAAGUUAUAUGAAAAUAGAUGGACAUAGGAUAAGCAAAGAGGAAAACAAGGAAUCCAAGCGGUUUGCAGUUAUUGGUACCCAGGGUUAUGAAGUUUCACUUUUGGGGAAGGCCGAGGAAAACAGAAAGAAGAAGUUGUUGAAUGGUUAUGGAAGCUUUAAAGGUUCAAUAGAGGAUAGACGUGACUCACAAGACACUAUAUUAAAAUCUGGCUUGCCUCUGUUGGUUCCUUCUGUGAGUUUCAAUGAUAAGGCUCUAAGUGCAUCAGCUCAAAAAAAGAAACUAGCAGUUUUCAGGCUUUCUUUUAAGAGGAAAUCAUGUGAUGGAACCGAAACCAGUGAACUCUGUGCUUCAAAAAGAUUCUUGUGUCAUCCCAAAGCAGGAUUCACUAUUCCUCCUUGCAGCGGAGAGAAGUCGAAUGCAGGAUUUUGGUGUGAGAUUCCUCCCUCAAAUUUCAAACUCCGUGGUGCUACCUAUUUCAAAGAUAAGAGGAAGUGCCCUGCUCCAAAUUGCAGUCCAUAUUCUCCAAUCGGUGUUGAUUUGUUUAUCUGCCCUAGAAAGGUUAAUCACAUUGCACAACACCUUGAGCUUCCAAAUGUAAAAGCUGAGGGGAAAAUUCCUCCUCUUCUAAUUGUAAAUAUCCAGUUGCCGACUUAUCCUGCUGCAAUGUUCCUUGGUGAUAGUGAUGGGCAAGGAAUGAGUCUUGUUCUGUAUUUUAAGGUUUCUGAAAAUUGGGAGAAAGAAAUUUCUUCUCAAUAUCAGGAUAACAUCAAGAGACUAGUCGACAAUGAGAUGGAAAAAGUUAAAGGGUUUGCAAAAGAAUCAAUCGUUCCAUUCAGAGAAAGACUAAAGAUAAUGGCUGGUUUGGUGAAUCCUGAGGAUCUCAAUUUAAGUUCUGCUGAGAAGAAGCUUAUAAAUGCUUAUAAUGAAAAACCAGUCCUUUCUCGUCCUCAGCAUGAAUUUUAUAAGGGCUCUAAUUAUUUGGAGAUUGAUCUGGAUAUUCAUCGUUUCAGCUACAUAUCAAGGAAGGGACUUGAAUCAUUUCGAGAUCGUCUUAAAAAUGGAAUCAUUGACCUUGGUUUAACCAUCCAGGCACAGAAACAAGAGGAGCUUCCAGAGCAAGUUUUAUGUUGUCUGAGACUAAACAAGAUCGACUUCGAGGACCAUGGACUGAUACCUACACUUAUGACUCUAGAAGAAUAAUCGCCGAGAAAUUACUCAAUACGACUGUUGUAUGCAUAACAGCGAAUGCUGAUCAUUGAUCUGAUGGGACCUAUAUGACCCACCAUAGUCGGUGUUUAUUGAUAAAACUGUUGUACAUACAAUUGUUGUAAAUUAAAAUUUUUUCUAUUUGAGAUACCAUGUUGAAGAUACUCAGUGUUCUACACUAGAAGGUAAAGACAAGCAUGGAAGCCAGAGAAGAUGAUCAAGAUGAGCCUUCUUUUUUAUUAGAGGGGAAGGGUAGUUGAAUCUGAGACUUUCAGGAAUUGCGUGAGCAUUCUAUAUGUACAUAUUAGAGAAAUUUCUGCAAUCAGCGAGAGGUAUCCCAAUUUUUCAAAUAUAUGCGACAUAUGCUGAUAUAUUUUGAAUUUAUUAAUAUAAUGUUAAUUAUUAUUGUUA